AUGGAUGAACGCUUCUUCCUCUCUGUCAUGGAUGCCAUGGUUGCCCUUAGUUUGAAGAUGUAAUCAGGAGAAAGGUGUUUUAUACAACAGCCUUCUGUGUGUUCUCUUUUUGACUUCUUCCGCAUAUUUGCAAUCAAAUGCCUCAAUUUUCUCCAUCACUGAUUUAAAAACUCGGUCCUACAGAAAGUGAUAUCACUUCAUGAUAUCUUUCAAAAAAGCUGUGUAUGAAAGGAUUACCUACACAUACUGAGCAGCUCACGUUAUAGACAGAAGCUUGUUACAUGGCAGACCAAUCCGAACUAAUCUCUCGGCAUGUCCAGCCCAGCCAUUAUCUCAGCCAAUCAUGGCUAGCGGGAAGGUUCCUGUCUUUUUCCGUGGCUAAACCAACUGGGCUCGUAAUUUUUUUUCUCUUCGUAUUUACAGAUGGCAAACAAGUUUGUUAUUAAGGCACAUGAAAGUUGACAUGUUCCAGAAGGAAUUUCUGCCAAAAAACGAAUUUUGAUUAAAAAAAGAAUAAUUACGUUCAAAUGCCUCUCCUGUGGAGUAGUGACGCGCGACAUACACCUAGUUUCCUGAAACGAGUCACGUGUGUGUGUGUGUGUCUAUGUAUGUGUGUGUGUGUGUGUGUCCAUUCUGGCCCGCAGCGGUCACGGUCCAAUCCCCCAGCUCCCUAACUGUCAGAACAGUCAGCCAUGGUUCAACCGUCCAUGACGUCCUGUUAUUUGCUGCAAACCUGUCCUCAUCUCCUGUCAUGAUAAUUCACUUGCACUGUAAAAAAACAAUGUAGUUGAUUUAACUAACUAUUAUUUAGUAACUGGUUCCACAGCCUUUUUUAGUUUACCUAACUUUUCGGUCAGUGUUACCUGAACUUAACAUUUUUAGUUGCCCCAAAUUUAGCUCCAACUUGAGAAAACUUAGGCAAACAUUUUUAUAGUGAUUUUAACAUACAAUAUUUGGCACACGUUGACAUACAAAUGAUCAUACAUUGAGUAUGAUCAUGUAUAAAGUAAUUAUUAUUCAACAUGGCCUCACCUGGGAUUGGAACUCACAACGUCUUGGUUCUCAGCAUUCCAAUCUUCCUGCUGCGCCAUUAUUACUGUGUCUAUGACUUUUUUCACCUGAAUUCCUACACUUUGCACUUCAAAGUAAAUCUCAGCUCUGUUAAAAGUACACUCAAGAAAAAUGAUUUCAUUUAUCAUAGUGAUAAAGGAGUAACUAAAACAAGUAAAUAAGUAAAUCAAAUCAAUUAAGAGAGAAUAGUCAGAUUAACUGAUAACUGACAUAGACAUGGUGGCAUAGCAGGAAGAUCGGAAUGCUUUGAACCAAGAGGUUGUUAGUUAAAAUCCCAGAUAAGGACAUGUUGAAUAUUGCUCAUUUAUAUUAUUGUAUAAAUGAGCAUGCACAAUGUCAUCUGGUAUGACAACAUACACUACAUGAACAAAAGUAUAUGGACACCUCAUUCCAAAAUCAUGGGCAUUAAUAUGGAGUUGGUCUCCCCUUUGCUGCUAUAAUAGCCUCUACUCUUCUGGGAAGGCUUUCCACUAGAUGUUGGAACAUUGCUGCGGAGACUUGCUUCCAUUCAGCCACAAGAUCAUUAGUGAGGUCGGGCACUGAUGUUGGGCGAUUUGGCCUGGCUCCUCGCAGUCUGCGUUCCAAUUCAUCCCAAAGGUGUUCCAUGGGGUUGAGGUCAGGGCUCUGUGCAGGCCAGUCAAGUUCUUCCACACACAUCUCGACAAACCAUUUCUGUAUGGACUUCACUGUGUGCACUUUGUCAUGCUGAAACAGGAAAGGGCCUUCCCCAAACUGUUGCCACAAAGUUGGAAGCACAGAAUCAUCUAGAAUUUCAUUGUAUGCUGUAGCGUUAAGAUCAGUGGCGGUCAGUGCCGUUUAAGAUGAGGGAGGAGGAUUUGUUUUCAUGAGCAUGGCCUUAUUUGUAUUACAGCAUAUUGGAUGACUCUCAUUCAUAUUCCUUUCACCCAGUUCAAUGUAACAGCGAUAGGUUUAGGCUACUACAUGAUACUCUAAUUUUCCCUAUACCCAUCAUGAGGUUGCCACAACCUAGCCUAUGAAUGAAAGAUUACAACGUAGGUGCACACGGGUCGAGAGACAAAUUUGAGGUGACAGACCGUUCACUUUCAGAGCAGCCGCGUUGUAUUCCUUCUCGCAUCUCUGCUCCUCUCACCUCUUCCCUUCGCUUGUGGACUUCAAUGCACAACACAUCAGCUGUAUGUGACCAGGUGAAAAAACCUUUCCAAGCCAAUCCGCUACACACAGCCUACAUCGUUGUCACCAUAUUAGCUAAAGUAACAUCAUAGUCAGCAUAGCUAAUAGAACUAACACGUUAGUAAACCUGCUACAAUCAUGCUGUAACGUUACUGUGUACAGUCAGUAAGCAUUUACACCGGCGGGCCCCGGUGGCAAUAAAUUAGUAAUACCAAAAGCUUACCUUGACUUGGAAGAGUUCCAGUGUUGUGUUGGAAAGUCAUAGCCAGCUAGCUAACAUAGCAUCCCUCUGUUUGAGCAGGGUGUUUGACUAGGCUAAACUAGCUAGCUGCAUUUGCAAGCUUAGUAAGUGAAGCUGAAAGUGGGAAAAAAUGACACUCUCUCUCUCUAUUUCUCUCUUGCUUCUCCUUCAUUUUGGAAGAAAUUAAUUUGUUCAAAACUGUUCAACUAUAGUCUUUCUCUCUCUCUUUGAGUCAACUACUCACCACAUUGUAUACACUGCAGUGCUAGCUAGCUGUAGCUUAUGCUUUCAGUACUAGAUUAAUUAUCUGAUUUGAUUGGGUGGAUAAUAUGUCAGUUCAUGCUGCAAGAGCUCUGAUGUCUAUAGUUUUAUCUAAAAAGGAAACUUUUUAAAAAUGUUUUACAAUUUACAUUUCUAUGAAAUUCACUGAGGAGGAUGGUCCUCCCCUUCCUCCUCUGAGGAGCCUCCACUGGUUAAGAUGUCUCUUCACUGGAACUAAUGGGCCUAGCCCGAACCAUGAAAAACAGCCCCAGACCAUUAUUCCUCCUACACCAAACUUUACAGUUGGCAGUAUGCCUUCUGGCAGGUAGUGUUCUCCUGGCAUCCGCCAAACCCAGAUUCGUCCGUUGGAUUGCCAGAUGGUGAAGAUGGUUUCCACUGCUCCAGAGUCCAAUGGCUUUACACCAAUCCAGCCGACGCUUGGCAUUACGCAUGGUGAUCUUAGGCUUGUGUGCGGCUGCUCGUCCAUGGAAACCCAUUUCAUGAAGCUCCUGACGAGCAGUUCUUGUACUGACGUUGCUUCCAGAGGCAGUUUGGAACUCGGUAGUGAGUGUUGCAACCGAGGACAGACGAUUUUUACGCGCUUCAGCACUCGGUAGGCCCGUUCUGUGAGCUUAUGUAGCCUACCACUUCGCGGCUGAGCCAUGUUGUUCCUAGAAGUUUUCACUUCAAAUAACAGCACUUACAGUUGACCAGGGCAGCUCUAGCAGGGCAGAAACUUGACUAACUGACUUGUUGGAAUGGUGGCAUCCUAUGACGGUGCCACAUUGAAAGUCACUGAGCUCUUCAGUACGGGCCAUUCUACUGAAAAUGUUUAUCUAUGGAGAUUGCAUGGCUGUGUGCUCGAUUUUAUACACCUGUCAGCAGCGGAUGUGGCUAAAAUAGCCGAAUCCACUCAUUUAAAGGAGUGUCCACAUACCUUUGCAUAUAUAGUGUAUGGCAAAUAUGUAUAUUGAAAACAUUGUAUUUUAAAAGCACUGUGCACAUUUUUGCCGAAGUUUUCUCAAGUUGGACCUAAGUUUGGGCCAACUAAACAUUUUAAGUUCAGGUAUCACUUUGACUGAAACGUUUAGUACUUAACAAGGCUGUGGAACCAGUUACUAAAUAAUGAAUAAUUUAAUCAACUAGAUUUUUUUGACAGUGUAUAUUGAAGGAAAUGACAGGUCUUGUCUCUGCCUCACACAAUCACAUUAGCCUCUGUUCACCUCCUCAUUCAUCUUCUCCUCUUCUCCCUCCCACUCUUUUUCUCUCCUUCUUUAGAGAACGGCACGUUCAACUCCAGCAGCGACGCCGAGAAGAAGACCCAGUUCUACUACCUGUCCUGUCUCAACGAGCAGCACAUAGAGGAGCUGGGAGCCACGCCCCUCAUUGACCUCAUCGCAAAGGUCAGCUUUGCUUCAGAACCCGCCCCCUUCACACACACACAGGUUGCAUCCCAAUAAUCUCUCCUUUCUCCCAAAGUGUGUAUCCUUCAAGGAUUUGAAAGGGAAUGGCUGGUAUAUGGAAACUCCCUCUAGGCCAGUGGUCACCAACCUUUUCUGAUACAAGAUCACUUUCUGAGUCAAAAUGCAAGCCUAUGCAACAUUAAUCAAUUAAAAACAGUUCUGUAGCAUUGAGGUUUCUGUAGCAAUAUUGUUUUUCAUUGCAUUUUGAAAUUAUAUUUUAAUAAAUGUGGUACUGUAUAUGAUCACACUGGUAAUAGAUAAUCUGUUGUACUACUUGUGAGGCACAGCUAAGUGAGCAUAAUAUAUACACUGCUCAAAAAAAUUAAGGGAACACUUAAACAACACAAUGUAACUCCAAGUCAAUCACACUUCUGUGAAAUCAAACUGUCCACUUCGGAAGCAACACUGAUUGACAAUACAUUUCACAUGCUGUUGUGCAAAUGGAAUAGACAACAGGUGGAAAUUAUAGGCAAUUAGCAAGACACCCCCAAUGUGGUUGCUGAAUCAAGUGCACCUACCGCCAACAGCGAACACAUUUGUUUACAUUCCUAUUAGUGAGAAUUUCUCCUUUGCCAACAUAAUCCAUCCACCUGACAUGUGUGGUAUAUCAAGAAGCUGAUUAAACAGCAUGAUCAUUACACAGGUGCACCUUGUGCUGGGGACAAUAAAAGGCCACUCUAAAAUGAGCUUUUGUCACAGAACACAAUUCCACAGAUGUCUCAAGUUUUGAGGGAGCGUGCAAUUGGCAUGCUGACUGCAGGAAUGUCCACCAGAGCUGUUGCCAGAGAUUUGAAUAUUAAUUUCUAUACCAACGUCAUUUUAGAGAAUAUGGCAGUAAGUCCAACCGGCCUCACAACCGCAGACCAUGUGUAACCACGCCAGCCCCGGACCUCCACAUCCGGCUUCUUCACCUGCGGGAUCAUCUGAGACCAGCCACCCAGACAGCUGAUGAAACUGAGGAGUAUUUCUGUCUGUAAUAAAUACUUUUUCCCUUUUGUGGGAAAAAGGCUAUUCUGAUUGGCUGGUCUUGGCUCCCCAGUGGGUGGGCCUAGCUCCCAAGUGGGUGGGCCUAUGCCCUCCCAGGCUCACGCAUGGCAGCGCCCCUGCCCAGUCAUGUGAAAUCCAUAGAUUAGGGCGUAAUUAAUUUUUUUAAUGUACUGAUUUCCUUAUAUGAACUGUAACUCAUUAAAAUUGUUGAAAUUGUUGCAUGUUACAUUUAUGUUUUUGUUCAGUAUACUUUGAAGAACAAGUCAAAUGAUUGUCAAAACUCUGCAGCAUGCUUAGGCAGGCUAGCCUAGGUAAAUAUGAUGACUAAUGAAAGUACAGUAUGGGGAGCACAGAUCUAAUGUUGUCUGUCUGUUUGGCUACUGCCUGAGCUGAGACGAGAUGAUAACUUUAAGGAAUAUUUUCAAUGUUUUGGCAAUUGAAUGUUCACUAUUUUUGACUUCGGAAUUGUCAUUAAAAAGCUCUAAAAUCAUGUUUAAAAACAUAUUCUAAACCAAAAUCGAAAACUGUGGUCAUUUUGUAAUAAUCUAACCGAAACUGAACCGACCUCAAAAAGCACUAAUCGCUCAGCACUACUUGAAGGAUUCAAUAUAAUUAAAACAUCCCCCAUAUUUUUUGACCAUCAACACAUUAUGCUCUUGACCGCAUGGGUUUGAAUCUCGGACCCACUACUACUUUGUCACAAACCCGCUCUUCACUUCCCUCCUUCUAUACAGUGGGGAAAAAAAGUGUUUAGUCAGCCACCAAUUGUGCAAGUUCUCCCACUUAAAAAGAUGAGAGAGGCCUGUAAUUUUCAUCAUAGGUACACGUCAACUAUGACAGACAAAAUGAGAUUUUUUUUCUCCAGAAAAUCACAUUGUAGGAUUUUUAAUGAAUUUAUUUGCAAAUUAUGGUGGAAAAUAAGUAUUUGGUCAAUAACAAAAGUUUCUCAAUACUUUGUUAUAUACCCUUUGUUGGCAAUGACACAGGUCAAAUGUUUUCUGUAAGUCUUCACAAGGUUUUCACACACUGUUGCUGGUAUUUUGGCCCAUUCCUCCAUGCAGAUCUCCUCUAGAGCAGUGAUGUUUUGGGGCUGUCGCUGAGCAACACGGACUUUCAACUCCCUCCUAAGAUUUUCUAUUGGGUUGAGAUCUGGAGACUGGCUAGGCCACUCCAGGACCUUGAAAUGCUUCUUACGAAGCCACUCCUUCGUUGCCCGGGCGGUGUGUUUGGGAUCAUUGUCAUGCUGAAAGACCCAGCCACGUUUCACCUUCAAUGCCCUUGCUGAUGGAAGGAGGUUUUCACUCAAAAUUUCACGAUACAUGGCCCCAUUCAUUCUUUCCUUUACACGGAUCAGUCGUCCUGGUCCCUUUGCAGAAAAACAGCCCCAAAGCAUGAUGUUUCCACCCCCAUGCUUCACAGUAGGUAUGGUGUUCUUUGGAUGCAACUCAGCAUUCUUUGUCCUCCAAACACGACGAGUUGAGUUUUUACCAAAAAGUUAUAUUUUGGUUUCAUCUGACCAUAUGACAUUCUCCCAAUCCUCUUCUGGAUCAUCCAAAUGCACUCUAGCAAACUUCAGACGGGCCUGGACAUGUACUGGCUUAAGCAGGGGGACACGUCUGGCACUGCAGGAUUUGAGUCCCUGGCGGCGUAGUGUGUUACUGAUGGUAGGCUUUGUUACUUUGGUCCCAGCUCUCUGCAGGUCAUUCACUAGGUCCCCCCGUGUGGUUCUGGGAUUUUUGCUCACCGUUCUUGUGAUCAUUUUGACCCCACGUGGUGAGAUCUUGCGUGGAGCCCCAGAUCGAGGGAGAUUAUCAGUGGUCUUGUAUGUCUUCCAUUUCCUAAUAAUUGCUCCCACAGUUGAUUUCUUCAAACCAAGCUGCUUACCUAUUGCAGAUUCAGUCUUCCUAGCCUGGUGCAGGUCUACAAUUUUGUUUCUGGUGUCCUUUGACAGCUCUUUGGUCUUGGCCAUAGUGGAGUUUGGAGUGUGACUGUUUGAGGUUGUGGACAGGUGUCUUUUAUACUGAUAACAAGUUCAAACAGGUGCCAUUAAUACAGGUAACGAGUGGAGGACAGAGGAGCCUCUUAAAGAAGAAGUUACAGGUCUGUGAGAGCCAGACACCUUGCUUGUUUGUAGGUGACCAAAUACUUAUUUUCCACCAUAAUUUGCAAAUAAAUUCAUAAAAAAUCCUACAAUGUGAUUUUCAGGAAUUUUUUUCCUCAAUUUGUCUGUCAUAGUUGACGUGUACCUAUGAUGAAAAUUACAGGCCUCUCUCAUCUUUUUAAGUGGGAGAACUUGCACAAUUGGUGGCUGACUAAAUACUAUUUUUCCCCACUGUACUGUCUUUAAUUUUAUUAAAAUGUGUCUGAAUUUAUUUAUUUUUUAAGAAGAAAGGAAUAAAGAAUGAAAUAGCUGCAAGUUCACUGUCCCCUUUCUAAUCUGCCUAUUGAUGAGAACUGAAGUGAUGGAUUGACUGGCUGCUGAGAAGCAGCUUGAUGUACCGGCUCGUCUGUCUCCUGUCUUAUUUAUACCAGGUGGCAAGUUUGAGGGAGAUGGGAAAUUUAAGGACACAAGUUGUAGAAAUAGGACUGGGCGUGAUUGAUGUGUGUGUGUGUGUGUGUGUGUGCGUGUGUGUGUGUGAAUGUGUGCCUCCUUGCCUGUGUGCCUGCAUGUGUACGGUUAGCAGCAAUCCAUCCCAUCCAUCAAUCCAUGUCUGUUUGUCAGUUAUUAUUUGAAGAAAUAGCUGGGCUGGCACACUCCCAGACCUUUUCACUUCUCCAGUCUUGUGCUACUGCGUCAUCAUGGCCUUGUUCCAGAUAACCGUAACUCUGCUUAGGAUGGGCCUUGAAAAAACCACACCCUGUCCUCUUACUCACAUCCUGUGACAAGACGCCAUUUAUCUGAAUAUCCGAUUUUAAUAUGUGUGUGUGUUCCUGGAGGUGUCACGUUGUUUUGUCUUUAAUGUGCAAAUUAAUAAAAUGAUUAAAAUUGAGCCAUUAAUUGGAAGAAAAUGCUCUGAUUAUACUAUAGAGAUAAAUCAAAAAUGCUCUGGGGUGAAGUUUUCCCUAAGUAUAGAUCUAGGAUCAGCAACCCCAUCCCCAAUCCUGACCUUAAACAUUAGUGGGGAAAAAUGCAAAACUGACCCAAAAACAGCAUCUAGGGGCAACUUCAUCUUAUACCAAUAAAAAAAACAUAGAUUUAUCUCUGUGUCUCUGAGCUUGUCAUCCCUCUGUUUUGUCUGUGUGUGUGUUUGUGUGUGUGUGUGUGUGUGUGUGUGUGUGUGUGUGUGUGUGUGUGUGUGUGUGUGUUUGCAGACAGGGGGCUGGAACAUCACAGGGCCCUGGGAGAAGGACAACUUCAUGGAGGUGCUGAAGACAGUUUCGGGCCCCUAUCGUGCCCAGCCCUUCUUCACCAUCGGAGUCAGCGUGGACCCCAAGAAUUCCAACAGCAACGUCAUCCAGGUCAGCUGCUCUGGCUCUGGGUCUUUCUAAAUGAAAAUACAUGUACUAGCACACACACACAAACACAUAGGCAUGCAUGCAUAGACACAGACAGACCCACACACGUAGGAACACAUAGACAGACGUACGCAUGCACGUGCACACGUACACAUUCACAAGCACACACACACAUUUCAGCUUUUAUAUAAUAACAGGUGCCGAACAUGAGAGUGAAUGGACUCUGCACACUGCAAUUAAUACUCCCUUAAGAUUAGUGUGUUUGCUCACCUGUUGAUGCAUUUUCGCCAGGUGGACCAAUCGGGGCUGUUCCUCCCCUCGCGGGACUAUUACCUCAACAAGACAGCCAAUGAGAAGGUGAGUCAAUUUCAGGUGGCUGGAGGGGGUGGGGGGGGGGGUGAGGUGGGUGGGGGCCAGCCAGUACAUGUGGGGUCUUUUCCUACCUAUGGCUGUCAACAUGAGGUACCAUAAUACAUUAAAAUACAGUAUAUUACUGUCACAGGAGGCUGCUGAGGGGAGGACGGCUCAUAAUAAUGGCUGGAAUUGAGUAAAUGGAAUGGCAUCAAACACAUGGAAACCAUGUGUUUGAUGUGUUGGAUACCAUUCCAUUGAUUCCGUUCCAGCUAUUACUAUGAGCUUGUCCUCCCCAAUUAAGGUGCCACCAACCGCCUAUGAUUACUGUAGAAUACAACACCUUUAUUAUCCCAAACUUAGGAAUUUCGUUCGGCAUUUCAAGCUUCACAACAUCAUUAAAUCUUCACAACAUCACAAUAUCAUCAUGUCGUCAUACAUGUACUGUCUGCAGAAGAUGGCGGCUUCCCCUCCUGAUGUAUCUUCCCAGGCUUCUGUGGAGGGGGUCAUCCAUUAUCUGUUUAUCUAAACAUUGUUGUUCCAUUCUACUUUCCCCUCCCUAUAGCCUGUCACAAAUCUCUCUGACACAUCCCCAGCAUAUUUUAGCUUAACUGUACAACGAACUAGAAAGACUAAAACCUUCCACAGAAAAUGAAGCCAGCAGCAGGUGUUUCAAUUUGAAUGCUCUCAUUCUCUUGUGACUGUACCACACCAGAGUAGAGCCAGGAGUUUUGACUAACAAAUGGUGUUUCACCAGGAAAAACUCUGGGCCUUAGUUAUAGUCACUGUAGCCAGAGUUUUUUUCUGAUCAGGUCAUGUGGUCAAGAAAAACUCCUGGCCCUACUCUAGUCUGCAGACUAUCCCGGGGGGGGGGGGGGUGGGCAACCCUCCUCCUGGAGACCAACUAGAUGUGCAGCCCUACUAUGACACACCUGAUUCAGCUAAUCAAGAUCCUAAGGAGCAGCUGAUUAGAAUCAGGUGUGAUAACACCAGUGGCGGUCGGUGAUGUUUAAGAUUUGUUUUAAUGAACAUGGCCUUAUUUCUAUUACAGCAUUUUGGAUGACUGUCAUUCAUAUUCAAUUCACCAAGCUCAAUGUAACAUCAAUAGGUUUAAUCAAGAUGAAAGACAGUGGCACAUUCAAUACCGCCUUGCACACUCUUGCCUGCAACUAGCUGAUCUAGGGUGUAAUCAUUAGUCCAACAGUUGCAAACGAGAGUUUCUAUUGGACAAAUUCAGGUAUGUUUAUCCCUGUUUCGUUCCGUUUGCUUUAAGAAAAAAAAUUCAACAGAAUCGGCGCAAUGAAUACACCCCUGAUCACACGUAAACACAGUUCACUUUCAUACCAGACACAUACAAACAGCUCAUUGUAUAUAUAAUUCCUUUUUGCAUUUACAGUGGCAAAAAAAAGAAUGUGAACCCUUUGGGAUUACCUGGAUUUUUGAAUAGAUUGGUCAUAAAAUCUGAUCUGAACUUCAUCUAAGUCACAACAAUAGACACACACAGUCUGCUUAAACUAAUAACACACAAAUUAUGGUAUUUUUCUUGUCUAUAUUGAAUACAUAAUUUCAACAUUCACAGUGUAGGUUGGAAUAAGUAUGUGAACCCCUAGGCUAAUGACUUCUCCAAAAGCUAAUUGGAGUCAGGAGUCAGCUAACCUGGAGUCCAAUCAAUGAGACGAGAUUGGAGAUGUUGGUUAGAGCUGCCCUGCCCUAUAAAAAAACACUCACAAAAUUUGAGUUUGCUAUUCACAAGAAGCAUUGCCUGAUGCGAACCAUGCCUCGAACAAAAGAGAUCUCAAAAGACCUAAGAUUAGGAUUGGUUGACUUGCAUAAAGCUGGAAAGGGUUACAAAAGUAUCUCUAAAAGCCUUGAUGUUCAUCAGUCCAAGGUAAGACAAAUUGUCUAUAAAUGGAGAAAGUUCAGCAUGUUGCUGCUCUCCCUAUGAGUGGCCGUCUGGCAAAGAUGACUGCAAGAGCACAGCGCAGAAUGCUCAAUGAGGUUAAGAGAAUCCUAGAGUGUCAGCUAAAGACUUACAGAAAUCUCUGGAACAUGCUAAUAUCUCUGUUGACGAGUCUACGAUACGUAAAAUGCAAAACAAGAAUGCUGUUAAUGGGAGGACACCACGGAAGAAGCCUCUGCUGUCCAAAAAAAACCAUUGCUGCACGUCUGAAGUUCGCAAAAGAGCACCUGGAUGUUCCAGCGCUACUGGCAAAAUAUUCUGUGGACAGAUUAAACCAAAGUUGAGUUGUUUGGAAGGAACACACAACACUGUGUGGAGAAAAAAAGGCACAGCACACCAACAUCAAAACCUCAUCCCAACUGUAAAGUAUGGUGGAGGGAACAUCAUGAUUUGGGGCUGCUUUGCUGCCUCAGGGCCUCGACAGCUUGCUAUCAUCGACGGAAAAAUGAAUUCCCAAGUUUAUCAAGAUAUUUUGCAAGAGCAAGUAAGGUUAUCUGUCCGCCAAUUGAAGCUCAACAGAAGUUGGGUGAUGCAACAGGACAACGACCCAAAAAACAGAAGUUAAUCAACAACAGAAUGGCUUCAACAGAAGAAAAUACGCCUUCUGGAGUGGCCCAGUCAGAGUCCUGACCUCGUUGUGCAGGUCUGAUCUGCAACUACAGAAAAUGUUUGGUUGAGGUUAUUGCUGCCAAAGGAGGGUCAAUCAGUUAUUAAAUCCAAGGGUUCACAUACUUUUCCCACCCUGCACUGGUUUACACGAUGUGUUUACACGAUGUGUAAACACAUCGUGUAAACCAAAUGUUUACACGAUGUGUUCAAUAAAGACAUGACAACGUAUAAUUGUGUGUUAUUCGUUUAAGCAGACUGUGUGUGUCUAUUGUUGUGACUUAGAUGAAGAUCAGAUCAGAUUUUAUGACCACUUUAUACAGAAAUUCAGGUAAUUACAAAGGGUUCACAUACCUUUUCUUGCCACUGUAUCUACGCGCUCUCAUCUCACCUUUUCCCUUCGCUUGUGGACUUCAGUGCACAACACAUCAGCUGUCUGUGACCAGGCAAAAAUACCUUUCGAAGCCAAACCUUAAUAUCAUGACCGCUAACCGCUACACACAGCCUACAUCAUUGUCACUUCAUAGUUAACAUAGCUAAUAGAACUAACGCGAUAGUAAACCCACUUCAAUCAUACAGUACAGAGUAGUCAGCAGCAAGCAGUUUAGCAGUUACAUCGGCGGGCCCCGGUGGCAAUAACUUUAUACAACCAAAAGCUUACCUUGACUUGGAAUAGUUCCAGUGUUGGAUAGCCAUAGCCAGCUAGCUAACAUAGCAUCCUUCUCUGUUUGAGCUGGGUGUUUAAGUAGGCUAAACUAGCUAGCUACAUUUUACAUUAGCUAAGUAAGUGAAAAAAAUAAUAAUACUAUGAAAUAUAGAGCGCUCUCUUUGUUCAAAACUGUUCAACUAUUGUCUUUCUCUCUCUUUGAGCCAACUACUCACCACAUUUUAUGCACUGCAGUGCUAGCUAGCUGUAGCUUAUGCUUUCAGUACUCGAUUCAUUCUCUGAUCCUUUGAUUGGGUGGACAACAUGUCAGUUCAUGCUGCAAGAGCUCUGAGAGGUUGGUGGAAGUCCUCCGGAAGAUGUCAUAAUUACUGUGUAAGUCUAUGGAAGGGGGUGAGAACCAUGAGCCUCCUAGGUUUUGUAUUGAAGUCAAUGUACCCAGAGGAGGACAUAAGCUAGCUGUCCUCCGGCUACACCAUGGUGCUACCCUACAGAGUUCUGCUGAGGCUACUGUAGACAUUCAUUGCAAAUCAGUGUGUUUUAAUCAAUUAUUUGGUGACAUUAAUAUAUUUAGUAUAGUUUUAUCUGAAAAUGAUAACUUUUUUUAAUGUUUCAAUAUUAGUUGUUUUAUUAAAUUCACUGAGGAGGAUGGUCAUCCACUGGAGCCUCCACUGGUUAACACUAAUUAGAGCAGGCCUAGCACAAAAUCCAGGUGGAGGGUUUGCAAUGAAAAAUGAAAGUUCAGAUUGUACCUCCCCGUUUCGCACCGUUGUCUUCUAUUUGGUGGCGACUGAACACGACCCUGAGCUUAUCCUGUAUCCCCUCCCAGGUGUUGAAGGCGUAUCUGGACUACAUGGUGGAGCUGAGCCUGCUAUUGGGGGGGGAUAAAAACUCCACAAAGAGCCAGAUGCAGCAGAUCCUAGACUUUGAAACGGCGCUCGCCAACAUCACUGUACCGCAGGACGAACGUCGCGACGAGGAGAAGAUCUACCACAAGAUCACCAUCGCCGAGCUGCAGGUGUGUGGGCGUCUGUCGGGUGGGGGAAUUACAGAGAGAACAUGUGGGCUUCCAUGUGCAAGCAGUUGCUUGGAUGUGAGUAUGUAUGAGAGAGAGAGGGCGAGAGAGAGGUACAUAUGUGAGGUGGAUUUUAUGUGGAUUUUUUGUGAGGUGGAUUUUGAGUGGAUCAGAAACCCAUGCCAUCGGAUUAGGCUGAAAAGCCUCUCAGAGUUUACUCUUAAUCAAUUACAGUCUGUUCCCACUUUUUCUCCUGCCUCCAUUACAGUGUCAAAACAUGCAUGGCUUUUUCUCGCACCCUCUCCCACACCAACGCACUACCGCCUUCUGAAACCCUGAGCCCCUUCACACUUUUGUCUGUGUUUUAUCCAUCCUCUGAGGACUAUUCUACUCUGCCUCUCCUGCAGUCCUCUUUUUUUUGUUUUUGAAUGGUCCCCUGGUUGCCAAGGUGACUGUUGCCAAGAGCUGUUGCUAAGCCUUUCUAUCGCCAAGGCAGCAGCAGAACUGCAGAGAGAUGGUGAAGGGAAUGCUAGUGGUUGGUGGACAUGGAGGAGCCUUUCAUCAACAAACAGAGAUAUAAUUAAUGAAUGGAGAGACAGUUGAGAUGGUUCUCUGUUUCAUAGGAAUUGAAAGCAUUUGUAGGAUGGGAUGAAUCAGUGAAAUGGGUUGUAAUGGGUAGAUUGUGUAUACCACUGAAAUUUGAAUGUAAUCUCUCUGUUAACCUUAAGCCUGCAAACACAGUCGAGUUGAUGAGGCAUGACUUUGAAUGGCAAUGUCGUAGAUUAUUUGUUCUGUUUCUGAUGGUUCUAAACACUGGAUCAUUAAAGCUCCAGGGUCAUGUACAUUAGGCACCAAACAGAAGCAAAUGGAUUAAAACAGGGAAGGCCUAGCUGGACUUGUCCAAUAAGAAACGCACAUUUUCGUUGUCUGUUGCAAAAAAAACUUAAAUGGGGAGUAAGUGAUCGAUGAGCAAAGCUUUUAAUGAUGACAUGACGGGCCCCUAACGUUUUCUACUACAACUCCGGAAUACCUAGACAUACCGUCAAUGAAUGGGAGCUACUAUGAUCCUAUCCUUACUAGUGUUGCACAUUACACCGAAACGGUUCUUCUAUCAAAUGUGCCUCACGUUUGAAAAUCAACGUGUAUUGAACUCAUUAGAAAGAUGUAUUUGCCCAAGUUUAUCAUAAGACAUUAACAGAAUGCAUUGUAUUCCCUGCAACUUUCUGAAGAGGCAACCAUACUGGAAUGCCCUUGUCUGUCAGUGUGCGGUGCGCAUAUGUCUACCACUUUGUGUAGCCACUAGCGAUGAUAACGAUAACCAUCUUCAGGUAUUCCCAAAAACCUUCUCAAUUAAAAGUGAAGUAGAAAGUAGCCUAUGCCUAUCUGGCAGAAUAAUUAUUAUUUGUAUCAGUACAGUGGCCAUAUGAUUUGGAAACUCCAUCACGUGCGCUAAACACCGAUAAUCAAUGACCGUUAAUUAACAUAAACACGUUUAGCAUCUCCAGGCUUCCACUCAUAGCCUAAAAGCCACUGAUGCAGACCUUUUGGAACAUCUACAUUUUAAUAAAUCCAUUUAAUAUAGCCCACACCAUCACAAUAAAUCUAUUUUUUAUUUAAGGCAGGUCUAAAGAAACAUUAUGAUAUGAAGAAAUGUAGCCUAUUUCAGAAGAACAGAAUAGCAUAUUCUCAGUCGUCCUUAUGUUAUAGGCCCUGAUCUGGCUAUGCCAUAUGGCUGUGGGCUACACUAGUUCAUUUAGUAGACAAGAUUUGCUUAUAAUUCCUGUGGCAUUAUUUUCUAUUAUUUAAUAGUAAGAAGAAUACAAUUUAACAUAGCUGAAUAUCCAAAGCGGUGUUCCUGUAGUCUUGUUUUGAUGUUUUCCAGUGCAGAUAUUCUGUGUUGAGCGGUUAACAAAGUGAUCAUUUGAAACAGGUCCUCCUAUAUGGUUAACCUAAGAGUUUUUUACGCAACUUUAGUUGUGAUACAAAACUUAGGCUAUAUGUUUUGAUUUCUAAUACAUUCUAAGCCCUGCAUGAUGCAACUCUAAUGAUGAUUUGAAAAAAAGUUGCAUGAAAGGCAUGCACUCUGCUCUGUUUCUUGCGCAGGUUGCACACACUUCAUCAGUCUCUCAUUCAUAAUUUGACAAGCACUUGAUAAUAUUCUCACCCAUCAGCCUAUUCUCAAUUUCAUCUGGUCUUUACAUACAGCUAUAUGUGUAGAAUAAUGUUUUAUUUAGAAUGAGCCAUUAUCAUGCACCUAUCAGAACAGGGACAGGGGAAAAAAUACAUGUCAUCCUUAUGCACUUGAAUAGCGAAUGGACGAUGCUUUUCACGCUGUUCAUUUUCAUGCCAGCCAAGUAGGCAACGUGCUUUAUAUUAGGAAAGUUGAGAAAUAAAUAUAGUAGGCCUAGCCUAUAGAAAGCUGAUGGGAUCCUCCUCUUUUUAAAAGAGGCCAUCAAAACUCAUUUUUUUUCACAUAAUUGCAUAGCAUAACCUAUAGAAAUGUUGGCAACAUGGGUUUAUAGGAACACUUAUUUCAUUCCAUGCAUCAACCAGCUAUGAGAAGCUGGCUUUCGCUGCGCAACAGGUGAUCCUAUUCCGCUCAAACUCUGAAUGCCAGGGUUCUCAUGAAGUGUUUGAUUUCAUUUUCGAUUGCAUUUGCAUUGAUGUCAGAGUGAUUAGACAAUAGAGCGUUGAGUACCGGGCCAUUAGCGACUGGCUGUUAGCAAGUUUGGUAGGCUACUAAUGACCAUCAAAAGAAGAACAGAGUUUUGGAGAUGCUUCGUUACGGUCACGUGGAAUUUGACGGCGGUCAUGACUUGUGACUGCCGUUGUGGCGGUAAUAUACAGUGGGGGAAAAAAGUAUUUAGUCAGCCACCAAUUGUGCAAGUUAUCCCACUUAAAAAGAUGAGAGAGGCCUGUAAUUUUCAUCAUAGGUGCACGUCAACUAUGACAGACAAAUUGAGGAAAAUAAAUCCAGAAAAUCACAUUGUAGGAUUUUUAAUGAAUUUAUUUGCAAAUUAUGGUGGAAAAUAAGUAUUUGGUCACCUACAAACAAGCAAGAUUUCUGGCUCUCACAGACCUGUAACUUCUUCUUUAAGAGGCUCCUCUGUCCUCCACUCGUUACCUGUAUUAAUGGCACCUGUUUGAACUUGUUAUCAGUAUAAAAGACACCUGUCCACAACCUCAAACAGUCACACUCCAAACUCCACUAUGGCCAAGACCAAAGAGCUGUCAAAGGACACCAGAAACAAAAUUGUAGACCUGCACAAGGCUGGGAAGACUGAAUCUGCAAUAGGUAAGCAGCUUGGUUUGAAGAAAUCAACUGUGGGAGCAAUUAUUAAGAAAUGGAAGACAUACAAGACCACUGAUAAUCUCCCUCGAUCUGGGGCUCCACGCAAGAUCUCACCCCGUGGGGUCAAAAUGAUCACAAGAACGGUGAGCAAAAAUCCCAGAACCACACGGGGGGACCUAGUGAAUGACCUGCAGAGAGCUGGGCCCAAAGGAACAAAGCCUACCAUCAGUAACACACUACGCAGCCAGGGACUCAAAUCCUGCAGUGCCAGACGUGUCCCCCUGCUUAAGCCAGUACAUGUCCAGGCCCGUCUGAAGUUUGCUAGAGUGCAUUUGGAUGAUCCAGAAGAGGAUUGGGAGAAUGUCAUAUGGUCAGAUGAAACCAAAAUUAUAUUUUGGUAAAAACUCAACUCGUCGUGUUUGGAGGACAAAGAAUGCUGAGUUGCAUCCAAAGAACACCAUACCUACUGUGAAGCAUGGGGGUGGAAACAUCAUGCUUUGGGCCUGUUUUUCUGCAAAGGGACCAGGACGACUGAUCCGUGUAAAGGAAAGAAUAAAUGGGGCCAUGUAUCGUGAGAUUUUGAGUGAAAACCUCCUUCCAUCAGCAAGGGCAUUGAAGAUGAAACGUGGCUGGGUCUUUCAGCAUGACAAUGAUCCCAAACACACCGCCCGGGCAACGAAGGAGUGGCUUCGUAAGAAGCAUUUCAAGGUCCUGGAGUGGCCUAGCCAGUCUCCAGAUCUCAACCCCAUAGAAAAUCUUUGGAGGGAGUUGAAAGUCUGUGUUGCCCAGCGACAGCCCCAAAACAUCACUGCUCUAGAGGAGAUCUGCAUGGAGGAAUGGGCCAAAAUACCAGCAACAGUGUGUGAAAACCUUGUGAAGACUUACAGAAAACGUUUGACCUGUGUCAUCGCCAACAAAGGGUAUAUAACAAAGUAUUGAGAAACUUUUGUUAUUGACCAAAUACUUAUUUUCCACCAUAAUUUGCAAAUAAAUAAAUUAAAAAUCCUACAAUGUGAUUUUCUGUAAAAAAAAUCUCAAUUUGUCUGUCAUAGUUGACGUGUACCUAUGAUGAAAAUUACAGGCCUCUCUCAUCUUUUUAAGUGGGAGAACUUGCACAAUUGGUGGCUGACUAAAUACUAUUUUUCCCCACUGUAUUUCGGUAUCAAAGUUAAAAUUCUGGUAUCGUGACAACACUAAUUCCUAAACAUGUUACAAUGCAUCAUAAGGAUUGCCAGAAGUAACAGGUAGUCAUACUGUAUGUACUGUACUAACUGUCACAGUCUUUCUUUUGUGCAUUAAAGACCAAACAACUAAACAACAGACUUGUUUUUGAUCCCAUCAUCUCUCUCCCUCCCUGCUCUGUGCUCGGCUCCCACGCUCUGGAUUAAAGCAGUGGGAUGGGGGUCUGGGGCUGAGGGAUGAGGAUUUUACUGUAAUACCCCUACAGACCCUCCAGGAAAGGGCGGCUGUGAUUGCAUCUGGGACCUGGAACGCAAAUAUAUGAGGGCUAGUCGCCUCUGUUCUUCUACAGCUGCAGGCUCCUCUCACUGUUUUCCCUCUCUCUCUCUCUCUCUCUCUCUCUCUCUCUCUCUCUCUCUCUCUCUCUCUCUCUCUCUCUCUGUGUCUAAAUAUGAUGGAUCAUUUGGUUUAGUUUGAAGUAAUAGGAUCAUAUCAGUAACAUAUCAAAGGUUGCAUUCAGAUGAUCUACCCUUCUCCAGAAGUGUGCACUUGUUCACUCCCACGAAUGCAUUUAAAAUCAUUGGAUUGGAGCAAGCAUGGCUGGAGGGAAUUUUCCACCAUAUUCCUUACACCAGUCCAUUCCUUUUAAAUCCAUGAGGGGGAGUGUAUGAGUGCAAACUUCGGGAGAAGUGUAGAAAAUCAGAACAUAGCCUAAAUCACACAAAAGAUCUAAGUUUGUCAGACUGUUUCAGACCUGAAAUGCAGUCUAAUGUUCUUGCCUGGGUGGUAUUGUGGUUAGUCCACCAUCUAUAUGGAGGGAAUUCCCACAGCUUACAAAAACAAAACAAUGUUGAGAUCUGUUGUGUGGAUCCAACAAUAUGCCUCAUGAAUUGGAUAGAUAGAUCCAAUUUUGUAUGUGGAAAGAUUAAGUUAUGUGGGACACGGACUCCUUUCGACAUGAGGCCACUUUUGAGUUCUGAAAAUGUCUAAAAACCUCUGACCUCUGACCUCUCUCGCCCUCAGCUGCUGGCUCCGGCGGUGGACUGGCUGGACUACCUAUCCUCUGCCCUGUCCCCUCUGGACCUGAACGACACAGAGCCUGUGGUGCUAUAUGCCAAGGAGUACUUGCAGCAGGUGUCUGACCUGAUCAACAAGACCGAACGCAGGUAAGGACCUGGACGGAACUCAACCUGGUCGUCCUUAUCUCCUGUCAGCCAAAGGUUAGGUCACGUGGUCAGGAAAUACUUCAGGGCCCACCCGUAACAUAUUGUGUCAUAGCCGAAUGGGCUGCCAUGCACCAUAUUAAGGGCCAGAGGUUUUUCCUGACCGCAUGACCUGACUUACCAGUGUUUUGUCAUGUCUUGUCCUGGUGGCAGAACUGCGCGAUUUCCGCAACACAAGGUUAGGUUUAAUUUUUUUAUUAAAUGUAAUGACUUUGUGGCUGUGCCAGCAACUGGCCACUCUGCAGAGCUGCCUCCAGAACAAGAUUCAUGACAAAAAACGCUAACCUGGGAACAUUUGGCACGUCUUUAUGACGUGAAUUUCUGAUUGUAAACUGGUUUUCUGAUUGACAAGACAUCAUAUAACCAGAUUACAAUUAGGUGGUCUCUUUUACAACCAGGUAAAGAGGUCUUUUUCAUGAGAAGAUCAAGAUGUCAUGGGAAAUAUGUAUUUUUUUAUAUACAGUGGGGAGAACAAGUAUUUGAUACACUGCCGAUUUUGCAGGUUUUCCUACUUACAAAGCAUGUAGAAGUCUGUAGUUUUUAUCAUAGGUACACUUCAACUGUGAGAGACGGAAUCUAAAACAAAAAUCCAGAAAAUCACAUUGUAUGAUUUUUAAGUAAUUAAUUUGCAUUUUAUUGCAUGACAUAAGUUUUUGAUACAUCAGAAAAGCAGAACUUAAUAUUUGGUACAGAAACCUUUGUUUGCAAUUACAGAGAUCAUAUGUUUCCUGUAGGUCUUGACCAGGUUUGCACACACUGCAGCAGGGAUUUUGGCCCACUCCUCCAUACAGACCUUCUCCAGAUCCUUCAGGUUUCGGGGCUGUCGCUGGGCAAUAUGGACUUUCAGCUCCCUCCAAAGAUUUUCUAUUGGGUUCAGGUCUGGAGACUGGCUAGGCCACUCCAGGACCUUGAGAUGCUUCUUACGGAGACACUCCUUAGUUGCCCUGGCUGUGUGUUUUGGGUCGUUGUCAUGCUGGAAGACCCAGCCACGACCCAUCUUCAAUGCUCUUACUGAGGGAAGGAGGUUGUUGGCCAAGAUCUCGCGAUACAUGGCCCCAUCCAUCCUCCCCUCAAUACGGUGCAGUUGUCCUGUCCCCUUUGCAAAAAAGCAUCCCCAAAGAAUGAUGUUUCCACCUCCAUGCUUCACGGUUGGGAUGGUGUUCUUGGGGUUGUACUCAUCCUUCUUCUUCCUCCAAACACGGCGAGUGGAGUUUAGACCAAACAGCUAUAUUUUUGUCUCAUCAGACCACAUUACCUUCUCCCAUUCCUCCUCUGGAUCAUCCAGAUGGUCAUUGGCAAACUUCAGACGGGCCUGGACAUGCGCUGGCUUGAGCAGGGGGACCUUGCGUGCGCUGCAGGAUUUUAAUCCGUGACGGCGUAGUGUUUUACUAAUGGUUUUCUUUGAGACUGUGGUCCCAGCUCUCUUCAGGUCAUUGACCAGGUCCUGCCGUGUAGUUCUGGGCUGAUCCCUCACCUUCCUCAUGAUCAUUGAUGCCCCACGAGGUGAGAUCUUGCAUGGAACCCCAGACCGAUGGUGAUUGACCGUCAUCUUGAACUUCUUCCAUUUUCUAAUAAUUGCACCAACAGUUGUUGCCUUAUCACCAAGCUGCUUGCCUAUUGUCCUGUAGCCCAUCCCAGCCUUGUGCAGGUCUACACUUUUAUCCCUGAUGUCCUUACACAGCUCUCUGGUCUUGGCCAUUGUGGAGAGGUUGGAGUCUGUUUGAAUGAGUGUGUGGACAGGUGUCUUUUAUACAGGUAACGAGUUCAAACAGGUGCAGUUAAUACAGGUAAUGAGUGGAGAACAGGAGGGCUUCUUAAAGAAAAACUAACAGGUCUGUGACAGCCAGAAUUCUUACUGGUUGGUAGGUGAUCAAAUACUUACAUCAUGCAAUAAAAUGCAAAUUAAUUACUUAAAAAUCAUACAAUGUGAUUUUCUGGAGUUUUGUUUUAGAUUCCGUCUAUCACAGUUGAAGUGUACCUAUGAUAAAAAAUUACAGACCUCUACAUGCUUUGUAAGUAGGAAAACCUGCAAAAUCGGCAGUGUAUCAAAUACUUGUUCUCUCCACUGUAUGUUAUUCACAUUACAACCAGAUAGACAUAUUUUUGCUAAAAAGGCAUUAACUACCGUUACGGUAACACUUUCUAUGAAGCCCAUGUGCAUAAUGCAUUAUACAGCAUAAUAAUGCACCAUGAUAAAAUAAAAAUGUAGUAUUAGCGUAGUUAGACACACAUAAUGUACAGCAACAUAGUGCUUCAUAAUUGCUGGUCACUUUUUCCUCAAGGAUCAUACAGCAUUUAAAUGACCAUCAGUGUGAUGCAUUUCUAACGUUUUUGUCAAUGAGCAUCAUUAUUACUGCAUCAUAAUCUUUGUUAUGGUCUGAUAUUGCAUAUUUACUGUACAAGCCACUAUAAAAUAAAAUUUGAUUGCUUUAGGUAAAGUGAUGAAAUGCCUAAGGCAGACUGAUAUAAUACACCAUAAGCUGUCUGCUUUCAGUAUAGUGACACUUUCUGCACAUUUCAUGAUGACACAAGACAAAGCUCUUCAUUCAUUCUCAUUCUUCUUUAUUUAAAAAGUUGCAAAACAUAACAUAAAUUGCCUCAAAAUCUUACAAUUGGCAAUUUGGCACAAAAAGAUCCAAGCCCUGUGCGACAGAAUUGUACAAUAAUUUCUAAUAAUAUAGAAUAAAUAAAAAAUAUAUACUUAGCAUUUAGCUGAUGCUUUUACCCAAAGCGACUCACAGUACAGUAAGUGCAUAAAUGUUUAGUACAGUAUAUACAGUUUGUUCGGAAAGUAUUCAGACCCCUUCCCUUUUUCCACAUUUUGUUACGUUACAGCCUUAUUCUAAAAUGGAUUAAAUAAAAACAAUUCUACACACAAUACCCCAUAAUGACAAAGCGAAAACAGGUUUUUAGAAAUGUUUGCAAAUGUAUUAAAACAAAAAAACAGAAAUACCUUAUUUACAUAAGUAUUCAAACCCUUUCCUAUGAGACUCUAAAUUGAGCUCAGGUGCAUCCUGUUUCCAUUGAUCAUCCUUGAGAUGUUUCUACAACUUGAUUGGAGUCCACCUGUGGUAAAUUCAAUUGAUUGGACAUGAUUUGGAAAGGCACACACCUGUCUAUAUAAGGUCCCACAGUUGACAGUGCAUGUCAGAGCAAAAACCAAGCAAUGAGGUCGAAGGAAUUGUCCGUAGAGCUCCGAGACAGGAUUGUGUCGAGGCACAGAUCUGGGGAAGGCUACCAAAACAUUUCUGCAGCAUUGAAGGUCCCCAAGAGCACAGUGGCCUCUAUCAUUCUUAAAUGGAAGAAGUUUGGAACCACCAAGACUCUUCCUAGAGCUGGCCGCCCGGCCAAACUGGGGAAUCGGGCGAGAAGGGCCUUGGUCAGGGAGGUGACCAAGAACCUGAUGGCCACUCUGACAGAGCUCCAGAGUUCCGCUGUGGAGAUGGGACAACCUUCCAGAAGGACAACCAUCUCUGCAGCACUCCACCAAUUAGGCCUUUAUGGUAGAGUGGCCAGACGAAAGCCACUCCUCAGUAAAAGGCACAUGACAGCCUGCUUGGAGUUUGCCAAAAGGCACCUAAAGGACUCUCAGACCAUAAUAAACAAGAUUCUCUGGUCUGAUGAAACCAAGAUUGAACUCUUUGGCCUGAAUGCCAAGCGUCUCGUCUGGAGGAAACCUGGCACCAUCCCUACGGGGAAAAAUGGUGGUGGCAGCAUCAUGCUGUGGGGUUGUUUUUCAGCGACAGGGACUGGGAGACUUGUCAGGAUCGAGGAAAAGAUGAACGGAGCAAAGUACAGAGAGAUCCUUGAUGAAAACCUGCUCUCAGACUGGGGCAAAGGUUCACCUUCCAACAGGAUAACGACCCUAAGCACACAGCCAAGACAACGCAGGAGUGGCUCCGGGACAAGUUUCUGAAUGUUCUUGAGUGGCCCAGACAGAACCCGGACUUGAGAGGAUCUGCAGAGAAGAAUGGGAGAAACUCCCCAAAUACAGGUGUGCUAAGCUUGUAGCGUUAUACCCAAGAAGACUCGAGGCUGUAAUCGCUGCCAAAGGUGCUUCAACAAACUACUGAGUAAAGGGUCUGAGGACUUUCCGAAUGCACUGUAUGGUCCCAGUGGGAAUCAAACCCAUAACCUUAGCCAUGGCCGGCCCGCUCAUUAGGCAGGAUUAGGCGCCCCCUAUGGCGGCAGAUUGACGAGGACGGCAUUUUCUGAGCUAAACUGACCAAGACGCACCUCCAACAACAACACAUAAAACCUCACAUAAUUCUGCCCUAAAACCAUGAUAAUUCCUCUCAACCAGUGGCAUAUGGGCUUCUUAGGUGAGCGCUGAUGCCGCCCUGUGAUAAGCAGUGCCCACUUUGUCAAAGUAUUUUGCUUGUCCAUUCCCAGCGCACCUCUCCAGGGUGCUGUUGGAGAGAUGCAUCGGUGCGGCGCUUCACCAACAUUUUGUCAAACAAAUAAUCUAACAUAAAUCAUGUAGCAGAAAUAGGAUAUGGUAGAAAGAGAAUGUGGCCUUUUCUGUAGCCUACAGGCUGGAGAUAAAAUGUAUGACAAUGUCAUGAGAUGGACACUUUUUACAUCAUGCAGCUUUCUCUGAUCAAAUAGCCUAACCUAAAUGGUGCUCAAUAAAAUAAAAAAUGCGCUUUCAUGUUAACAAACAACAUACAGUAUCCUAAAACAGGAGAUGUCAAAGUAAAAUGGACAAUAUUGAAUGGACAAUCACAACUGUUGUCCAGGAGUUUCACCCCAUUGUCAUGAUCAGUGUUUGAUCAGGUUUGUAUCUGUACAUUUUUGAUAAGCUGAUCAUAGCGAAAAAGAAAAUUCUUCUGCAUUUCCCAUUGUGUAAACACAUUGAAAAUAGGCUCACGAUAACUCCUGAUAAAGUUGGGUAGCUGAUAUUCAGAGUUUAAAUAGUCAAAUUGAUUAGUCACAGGAAUAAGGACUAAUAAAUUCAAUGCAAUGGCCUGUUUUACAAAGUGUGGGCCUACCACAUGGAUGGGCAUUCAUAAAAUUCCAUUGGGGCCGAAAUGGAAGGCUACACCCCAGUAAAGACAAGUCGACGUCUUAUGGACGUAUUUCUUUGGUCCUUUCCGAUCUGGACAUCUUUUUGGUGUUUUACAAAUGGUAGGCUUACCACAUAGAUGGGCAUUCAUAAAAUUCAAUUUCAGGCAACACUGUUGGCUACACCUCAGUAAGCACGGACCUAUGCCGAUGCCUUUUUGACGUCUUUUUUUUGGUGCAGUCCAGACAGGUCUUGAUUUCCACAUCCACGGACAUUGUUUUUUGGUCUGGUCCAGACCAAAUCUGAACCAAACAUAGACCAAUCAUAGACAUCUAUGUUUGGUUCAGAUUUUGUCCGGUCUGGACCAGCCUUGAUUUGGCCCAAACGUAGACGUCUAUAAAUUACUUGUUUUCAGCUUUCAUUCAGAACAAAAAAUUAGCCUUAUUUCAACAACCGGAAAAUACAUACUAUAUUUUCAACGUCUAGAAAAUAAGUAUUUUCAACAUCCGGAAAAUAAGUAUUUUCAACUUUCAUUCAGAACUGAAUAUGAACCUGAAUACGUAUUUUUCAAUGUCCGGAAAAUACCCCUUUUUAACGUCCUGGAAAAUAUGUAUUUUAAACAUACGGAAAAUACCUUUUCACCUUUCAUUCAGAACCUAAAUUAAACCUAACUUCAACAUCGGGAAAAUACGUAUUUGAGACGUCUUUUCAACGUCAUUUUGCUUACUGGGACUAUUUUUGGUCUCACCUAGGGCAGCAGAACAGCAAGGACCGGCCCUGACCUUAGCAUUGCUAGCGCCAUACUCUAUGACCACUGUGUUGUGUCAAUGAAAUGUGCAGAAUGUUUUACUUUACUGAAAGCAGACAAUGACCACUUUAUAAUUGUAUAGUAAUAGUUUAUAUUGUAUUAUAUCUGUCUCCCUUAGGUAUUUCAUCACUUCACCUUAAGCAAUCAAAGAUGACUUUAUAGUGGCUUAUAAGUAUACUAUAACACACCACAACAAAGAUUAUAUGAUGCAGUAAUAAGGAUGUGCUGCUCAUUGACAAAAUCAUUAGAAAUACAUCACACUGAUGGUCCUUAUAAUGCUGUAUGAUCAAUGAGGAAAAAGUGGCCAGAAAUGUUGAAUCACUUUGCUGUAAGUGAUUAUGUUUAUACUAUUGGUAUAUAGAAAUAUGAGUCUAUAUGAGUCUUUAUGUGUGUCUACUUUAUAACUAAAUACUGCAUUAUUACUCUAUCAUAGUGCAUUAUGAGUACAUGUAUAUUGCUGUAUAAUGCAUUAUGCAAAUGGUCUUCAUAGAAAGUGUUACCAAAAUUCCUUAUACAACCGAUAUACAACCUGUCCUGACCAUAACAUCAUGGAAUACGUCAUAAUGACGUCCCUGCAACCAGUUUUGCCCCAACCAUUGACUGUUGCUGUUUCUUUUCUUAUCCUUGUCACCCACUUGUCCUCAUGUUUCCUCUUCAUCUCUCCCUGUCUCUCCCCGUCUCUCCCCGUCUCUCCCCGUCUCUCCCCGUCUCUCCCUGUCUCUCCCCGUCUCUCCUCAUCUCUCCCUGUCUCUCCCCGUCUCUCCCCGUCUCUCCCCGUCUCUCUUCAUCUCUCCCUGUCUCUCCCUGUCUCUCCUGUCUCUCCCCGUCUCUCCUCAUCUCUCCCCGUCUCUCCCCGUCUCUCCCCGUCUCUCCCUGUCUCUCCCUGUCUCUCCCUGUCUCUCCCUGUCUCUCCCCGUCUCUCCCUGUCUCUCCCCGUCUCUCCCUGUCUCUCCCUGUCUCUCCCCGUCUCUCUUCAUCUCUCCCUGUCUCUCCCUGUCUCUCCCUGUCUCUCCUCAUCUCUCCCUGUCUCUCCUCAUCUCUCCCUGUCUCUCCCUGUCUCUCCUCAUCUCUCCCUGUCUCUCCCUGUCUCUCCUGUCUCUCCACGUCUCUCAGCCUGCUCAACAACUACAUGAUCUGGAACCUGGUGCAGAAAGGAGCGUCCAGUCUAGACCAGCGCUUUGAGAACGCCCAGGACAAGCUGCUAGAGAGCCUGUAUGGAACCAAGAAGGUGUGUUUUUAGGCUGAGUCCUAAAUGGUACCCUAUUCCCUAUGUAGUGCACUACUUUUGACUAGGGCCCAUAUGGCUCUGGUUAAAAGUAGUGCACUAGGGAUAACCCUGCUUCAGGAAAUACCUUGUUAGGGCCAGUUUCCCGGACACAGAUUAAGCCUAGUCCUGGACUAAAAAGAAAUUUCAAUGGAGAUUCUCUGUUGAGCAUGCUUUUUAGUCCUGGACUAGGCUUAAUCUGUGUCAGGGUAACUGGACCUGGUGAUUUUUAUGUGAGACUGUGUUUUGGCUCAUAGCAAGGAAUGUGUGCUGCCACACACUUUUCCAAAAACCAAAAGUAUAGAAUAAACAGCUGGUGAGAAACGUAUCUUGGUUGUGUGUUCGCUCAGUCCUGCACACCUCGAUGGCAGACCUGCAUUGGGAACACAGAUGACACACUCGGCUUCGCCCUGGGAGCGCUCUUUGUCAAAGCGACGUUUGAUAAACACAGCAAAGAGAUUGUGAGUAUAAUAGGCGCACAACUUCAUUUACCUUCUAUUCAAGUGUUUUACCAUCGUGAAUGAUGCAUGACUGUCCCCUAGUGGUUACCAUGUGUAGGCCUAAUGAAAGGUCAUCAUAAGACAUUAUUCAAAUUUUCAUGAAUAAGCUAUUUUAAAUGCUUAUAAAUGUUUACGAAUACUUUGUAUAAUGUUAUAAAUGCUUAUGAAUUGUACAGAUUAUAAUGUUUAUAUAUUUCUUAUAAAUUAUUAUAAAUGUUUACAAUUAAUUAAAUACUAAUUUAGUAAUAGUUCCCUGUCCUGCGGAGGGGAGAGUCAAAUGUAGAGAGAGUAGAGACUGGAUAAAGGAGAGAAACAAACGGAAAUGAAAUGGAGAGAUUGUUAUUGGGUAGAGAAAAGAGGGGCAAGUAGAAGAGAGAGACAUGGAAGGGGAGAGAGAGGAGGCACAGAGGAAGGAUGGGCAGUUUUAUAAAGGUUGGAAAUAGACGUGUGCAAGUGUUCUUGGUUUUUAUUAUCAUUUGGGAGGGAUGGGCUGGUUCAGAUAUGCCGCGGGUAUUUAGUCCAUAUCUAAGUGUAAUUGUAAAAGAAGGAUCUACAUCACCUUUCCCUCUUUCUUCCUUCUUACAUUUCAUUUCUGUCUCUCACCCCACAAUCAGGCAGAGGGGAUGAUCAAUGAGAUCCGUACUGCCUUCAAAGAUGCUCUUGAUCACCUCAAAUGGAUGGACAAACAAACGCGUCAGGCAGCCAAGGACAAGGUCAGAGAUGAAGUUACACACUGGAUAGGCUACGUAUGGGUGCCAGAGGCUAUCUAUGUCUGUGAAAGAAUGUGUGUGUGUGUGUGUGUGUUUGUGUGCGCGUGCCUGUGUGUGUGUGUGUGUGCGCGUGCGUGCAUCCCUGUGCAUGUGUAAGAGAGAGAGGACAGGGAGGGAGUAAUAUGGGUGAACAGUUUACAAUAGAGUAGUUGGAAUAGAUUGAGAGAGCCCUCUUUGUCCUGGCCUCCAAAUAAUGGAACCAGGAAGUUUCUUGUCCCCUUCCUCCAUCUUGCCCUCUCUUAUCCCUUUUGCUCUCUUGGUCUUCAGGCGGACGCCAUCUACGACAUGAUUGGAUUCCCUGACUUCAUCCUGGAACCCAAAGAACUGGAUGAUGUUUAUGAUGGGGUGAGUUGGUGCCUUUUGUUGAGUUGUGUCAUGAUUGAACCCCAUACAUUGAACGCUGGGAUUUCUUCAAACAAGUUGAAGGUGAAAUGACAAGGACACCUUUUGAUGUUUCUGAUCAGUGAGUAAUUCUCUAUCGCCCCUGUCUGUCUGCAUGUAUGUCUGUCUCUCCACAGUAUGACGUCUCGGAAGAAAACUUCUUCCAGAACACACUCAACUUCUACAACUUCUCCGCCAGGGUGAUGGCCGAUCAGCUCCGCAAGCCGCCCAACAGGGACCAGUGAGUCUUCAUCAGCUACACUCAUCAUCAUCAUCAUUAUCAUUAUCAACAUCACCAUCGUCAUUCGAUCGGAAAUUGCACUCUAUUCCCUGUAAAGUGCACAAAUUUGACUCUGGUCAAACACUACAUUAAUUGAGAUGCUGUUUGCUCCAGUGGUGUCUGGUGUCACGGAGGACGGGCUCAUUGUAUUGGCUUGACCGGAAUGAAUGGAACGGUAUCAAACACAUACCAUUCCAUUCAGCCCAUUUCAGAAAUGAAAAUUAGUCGUCCUACUCUCACCAGCUUUCACAGGUUUGCUUUUUUACACACGUCUCUGCCACCUUCCUUCUAGAUGGAGUAUGACCCCUCCCACAGUCAAUGCCUACUACAUGCCAACCAAGAAUGGCAUUGUCUUCCCAGCUGGAAUCCUUCAGGCACCCUUUUAUGCCCAGGAUCACCCCAAGUGAGUGUGUAUGUGUGUGUGCGCGUAUGUGUGCUUGCUUGCUUGCUUUUCUGACCCCAUGUGAAUUCUCUGCAGAGCACUGAAUUUCGGGGGGAUCGGAGUGGUGAUGGGACACGAGCUCACUCAUGCCUUUGAUGACCAGGGUUGGUGAUCGCAUUUAACAGAUUCCACAGAACUCAUGGACGCAUCCUCACAAAACACCCACUGACAAACACACACCAGAAUGCAUGCACAGACAUGAUUACUAGGUGUGCAUGUUUGUAAAGAUUAUUUUGCCUUAAUCAGGCAGGGAAUACGACAAAGACGGGAACCUUCGGCCAUGGUGGCAAAAUUCCUCUGUGGAAGCAUUUAAGAACCGCACGGAAUGCAUGGUGGAGCAGUACAACGGGUUUACCAUCAAUGGGGAGCACAUAAAUGGCAAGCAGACGCUGGGAGAGAACAUUGCUGACAACGGAGGCCUAAAGGCAGCCUAUAAGGUGAGUGGGUCUCCCUACUUGAUAACACAUGUAGUUGCUCACAUACUGUCGGUGUAGUAACUUAGUAAUCACUGUAAUAAUUAUUAACUGUAGUAAAGUUCUGUUAUUUUGUAACAGUAAUGGGUUUACUGCCAAAUCCAUUGCUAUGUAUUUAUAAAGCAAUUGCAUAGUUACUACUAUGUUUUUACUACGGUUAUUACAGUGUUACUUCCCAUGGUGGCAGUGGUGGGAUCCAGGGCAGCAUGACUCUUAUUAUACUAUACUAUACUAUACUUCACCUCAGGGCCAGCAAAGUGGCGAUUCAUGUUUCUAUAGUAAUGGGUUUUUCUGUUGUGUUCAGGCGUACCAGGCAUGGGUGCAGGAGAACGGUGAGGAGAAGAGGCUGCCAGCGGUCAACCUGACCAAUGACCAACUAUUCUUUGUGGGAUUUGCCCAGGUGGGUGAUGGGAGUGUCAACAAGAUGCAUUACACACAUCCUAAUAGAGUUCAUGUAUCAAAUACUAAUGAUUAGGGCUCUGGGUUUGCCUGACCAUAUCAUAAGCUAUAAAACUAAGGGCCAGAGUUUUUCCUUGUCAGGUCACGCUCUCAGGAUGAACUCCUGGCCCUACAUCAUGAUAUAAGGGGGAGAAAUGAGAGUGAAUUCACAUGCAUUUGGGGGUGAAAGUAAGAGUGGAAUAUUACAACUACUGUUGGAGAGGAGAAGUGGACGAACAAAUGUAUAAAACACAAUUUUGGAAACAGAAUGAGUAUAAUAUGCAACAGUUAGGAAGACAGAGAGGAGCAUAAUCUAGCUACUUCCUGUUUUACUUAUCGGGAGACCCUUUCUUCUUCUCUCAGGUGUGGUGUUCCGUGCGAACCCCGGAGAGCGCCCACGAAGGACUCAUGACGGACCCCCACAGCCCCCCAAAAUACCGCGUCAUCGGCACCCUCUCCAACUCGCCAGACUUUGCUGAGCACUUCCAGUGCCCCACUGGCUCCCCUAUGAACUCGGGUCACCGCUGUGUGGUGUGGUAGGGCCUGGGAGAACCAGUGGGGGGUGCUGUCUGUGGAAGCUGCAUGGAGAACCAAGAGGAGGAGGAAGAGAACCUCUAA